CAUAUGUCCGACCAACCUAAUCAAUAUUGAGAGAGAAGCUCUGCAAAUAUUCAUUUUCCCCAUUUCCAUUCGAACCAAGCUCAAGAAGGAAGAAAAGGAAGUCCAAGGAGGAUUAAAGAAAGGAAAAGCUAGGGAAAGUGUGAAGAAUCAAGGUAUUCGAGGAACUUUCACGGAGUUAAAAAGGUCGCCGGAGUUGUCGCCGGAGUUCGUUGAAGUUCGCCGGAGUUUCGUCGGAGCUAAAUCGGGGAGGCUAGAACUUCAUAAGCUUCAUUAAGGUUGAGGCUAGAGUCCUACUACCUGCACCUUUGCCUAGGGUGACUGAUCGAGAAGGAAGACGUGAAAUGGAGGGUGGACGCAGGAUAACUAGGAGGAACCCGACAGGGCAUGUGCAGGGGGCCACCGGGCAUGCCACUCGGGCGGAAUCACGGACCUCUAGGGGUAGAGGCCGGGGCCAAAGCCGAGGAGGGGGCCGAGGCAGGGGUCGUGGGCGUUCUACCACGCCGACGACAAGUAGCACACGCGUCGGUUCCGUGCACCCGUCAUGGGCCACCGAACCGGACGACUUCACCUAUGCUCCAAGCACGGAGCAAGAGGAGACCCCGUACAACGGGGAGGACUUUGAGGAAGAAGAUGAGGAUGAUGAUCCUCAUUAUGACCGUAUGAGUGAGGUACUGGAAUGGUACCUCGAGAAUAAGGCAAAGCGGGAACAGCGGCGCCAAGCUAGACAGGCUAGGCAAACCAUGGGGCAGGGAAGCCGAGGUGCUUGUAGUGCUCCAUCGGGGGCAUUUGGAGGAGACACGAUGGUGCGUAUCUCCAAGUACCUCAAGGAGGCCAGGGCCUUGGGGUGCAAAUCAUUUGAUGGCAAGGGCAACAUAUCUGAGGCCGCCGACUGGAUUAAGAAGCUGAAUGAUGCUUCUAGGGACAUGCAAAUUUCACUCGACGUGAAGUUGAGGGUUGCCACCAGGUUACUAGAAGGGGUAGCCGCUGUAUGGUGGGAAGGCGUGGAGGGGAAGUUCCACGGUGAAGCCACUUGGGAGGAAUUCGAAGUGGAGUUCUACAAUCAAUACUACUCAACUUUUGAGGUCAAUCUCAAAAGAAGAGAGUACACGAACCUGAAACAGGAGGAUGGUUGCUCGGUGAGGCAAUUGGAACAAAAGUUCCGUGACUUGGCACGAUUCAUCCCAGAAUACUCAUUGGAUGAAAAUCGUAUGGCCAAUCACUUUUGGGAUGCUCUACAGUUGGACAUCCGUGACCGGGCUACUUACCAUCACAGUAUGACAUUUAGCCAAAUCGUUGAUCAGGGGCUCCUCGGGGAAGCCCAAUGGAACGAGAGGAAGUUGAGGGACGCCGAGGAGGCGAAGAAAAGAAGAUGGGGAAACGCUGGACCCCAAGACCACUCCCGGAAGCAUCAUGCUGGGGGUGGCAGUUCAUUCAGGGCGCCGACACCACCGGCGAAAAGGAACAAAGGUUCAGGAGGGCAAGGGGCCAAACCAGGGAGUACAUGGUCACCGAGGUGUGCAAACUGCGGCAGGAAUCAUGCGGGGAAGUGCAAUGAACCACCCCGGUGUUACAAAUGCGGUAGCACGAGCCACCUCAAAUCCUCUUGUCCAAUGCUGAACGGGGGAGGACCAUCGGGAGCCAUGGGAGGACCUACGACUAGUAGGGGACGUGCGGGGCCGUCUCAGGCCGGCACGGGAAGGAGCGGACCCACGGCUAGCAACGCCGCGUCCGUUAACCAAGGGAAGACCCAAGCACGGGUGUAUGCAAUGACCGAGGCUGAUGCUCGGGCCAACCCGGACUCCAUUGCAGGUUGAGGCUAGAGUCCUACUACCUGCACCUUUGCCUAGGGUGACUGAUCGAGAAGGAAGACGUGAAAUGGAGGGUGGACGCAGGAUAACUAGGAGGAACCCGACAGGGCAUGUGCAGGGGGCCACCGGGCAUGCCACUCGGGCGGAAUCACGGACCUCUAGGGGUAGAGGCCGGGGCCAAAGCCGAGGAGGGGGCCGAGGCAGGGGUCGUGGGCGUUCUACCACGCCGACGACAAGUAGCACACGCGUCGGUUCCGUGCACCCGUCAUGGGCCACCGAACCGGACGACUUCACCUAUGCUCCAAGCACGGAGCAAGAGGAGACCCCGUACAACGGGGAGGACUUUGAGGAAGAAGAUGAGGAUGAUGAUCCUCAUUAUGACCGUAUUUAUGAAUAAACUUAGUAUUUUAUUAUUCAGGUUAAGGCUAGAGUCCUACUACCUGCACCUUUGCCUAGGGUGACUGAUCAAGAAGGAAGAUGUGGUUCGUGCUUCCAUUCUUAUUCAAAAUUAUAAACUGCUCAUGGAUAUUUGAACAAUGUUUUCCUUUAAAAUAGUUGGGGGCCUGCGUGCUCAUGUUUGCCACGUGUGGCUAAAUAUCAGACAUAUUAUUUCCGCAUUUGUUUGACUAGGAUAUUGAUGUUGAUUGUAUGUGUUUACUAAUCGGUUUGGCAAUAGAAUCUAUCGGACGCCUUGUAUGAUUCAAUUAGGAUGAACAAAUGUUGUUCU